AUGGAAGCUGUGGCGACUGUGAAUUCUUCAAUUGUUAAUCUGGUUAAGACAAUUGUCGGUGCAGGCUUAUUGGCCAUCCCAUUCGUUUUCCAAAACGAUGGUAUUUUGUUUGGUGUGCUAUUAACAUUGCUGGCUGCUACAACAUCUGGGUUUGGGUUAUUUGCAUUGGCAAAAUGCUCUAAGGUCAUGUUGAAUCCUAGAAAUGCCUCUUUCUUUACCGUCUGUUUGAUGACAAACCAUAAGUUAAGUGUCAUAAAUGAUUUGGCAAUGAUUGUACAAUGUUUUGGCGUAGGAGUAAGCUACGUAGUGUUGGUUGGUGACUUAUUCCCAAUAGUUUUUGGGGGUGAGAGAAAUACAUGGAUCAUCGCUUCUUUAGUGGUAAUAUUACCGUUAUGUUUACUUAGAAGCAUGAAUAGUUUGAAAUAUUCUAGUAUAUUAGGUUUAUUUGCAUUGACAUAUUUGACAUUGCUAGUCAUCUCUAAUUUUCUUGACGAUGUGAUACUCACUGAUAAAUUUAUGCAACACAGGGGUGAUGUUAACUGGAUUAAGAUUCGUGACUACAAAGGAUUUGUUACAACAUUUAACAUUAUAAUAUUUGCCUUCACAGGGGCUAUGAAUUUAUUCUCAAUUAUAAAUGAAUUAGAGGAAAAUUCAAUGAAAAAUAUUUCCCAUGUUAUUAAUUACUCUAUUGGAAUAUCCACGAUUCUAUUCCUAUCCGUAGGUAUCACAGGAUAUUUAACGUUUGGUAGCAAUACAGUUGGAAAUAUUAUGUUAAAUUAUGAUCCAAAUUCAGUAUGGACAAACGUAGGUAAUUUUUGUUUAGGGGCAAUGGUUAUACUUUCAUUUCCACUUUUAUUUCAUCCGCUUCGAGACGCUGUUAAUAAUAUUAUUGUAUAUUACCAAUAUUAUAAAAGUAAUAAUGACCAGGAUUCCGGUGUUAUUGUCGGUAACAAUUACGAUUCAACAUAUUCAAGGCCAAUAAGUUUAUCAGUAGCUGAUGAUGAAGAAGAAGAAGUAAACUCAUUAGUAAAUGGAGAAAUGAACAUUACUGUUGAUAACAGUAGUAUUUUAGAGGAUGUUAAUGAAAAUCAAUUUACUUCAGGAAUUAAGAGUGAUUUCAGUCAAAGCCGUUUUUAUAUCAUCACAUUCGCAUUGCUGGCUGUUAUCUAUAUUACGGCACUAACUGUCACUUCCUUUUCGCUCAUUUUGGCAUUUGUUGGUGCAACAGGUUCUACAUCCAUUUCUUUCAUUUUACCUGGGUAUUUUGGAUUCAAAUUAAUUGGAACUGACUCUUUAAUCGUUGGUGAGAUGAUACCUAAAAGGGAUAUGUUUUAUAAAAAAUGUUCCCAAGGCUUAUGUUUCUUUGGCUUAUUUAUUAUGGUUUUUUCAUUAUACCUUAUUUUGACAGGUAAUAACUCAUAA